AUGUCUCUGUCGCAGUUAUACGCUCUUGCGAAGUUUCCUCGAGUUUCAAACGUUUCCUCCCGUGCAAAAGUUGCUACGCAAACAGAUGACGACAACUUAUACAUUGCCAUAUCAGGUGCUUCAUUAUCACACUACGUGCUGAAGCCGAGUCCAAAGCUGGUGUGGUCCCACUCUUUCCCUCCAAGCUUUGAGAUAAACUCGCUGGUGAAGUUUCAGGGUCGCUAUAUCGUGGGUGUCUGGAAUAAGAAUACAAGAACACAUAUCAUCCAGGUGAUCUCUGCUUUGGAGAAUGGCUCAGAGGUGGAGAGAGAAUGGACUGUCGAUUCUAAGGUUAUCAACUUAUCUCACGUUGCAGAUGAACUAGUCGUGUCUACGGAAUCAUCCACUGUGUGCUAUUCUGGUGCUGAUUUCAAGAAGAAAUGGGCUGUGGAUUCGUUGUAUAAGAUUGUGUUCCAAACCAUUGUUGAGUCAGAUGUCAUCUUACAAGUUGAACAUAACGAUGAUCCUUCACAGGAGAUUUUACACUUGAGAUUGAUCUCAUCAGCAGAAGGCCUUGAAUUGUCUUCGAAGAUCACUGAAUUGUCAACGCAUUUGGCCAAUUUGACAUUUGCACACGCGAAUGGUUAUCUUAUCCAAUUUGCUAAUGGUGGAUUCACAACAUAUUCACUGCCACAUUUCCAAACUGUUUCUCAACUGUCAUUAUCGCAAUUGAACAUUGAACUGCCUUCAUCCUCAUUCACGCUGAAGUUCGAAUCGCCAUCAAAGGAUAGGAUCCUUCUAACUGUUGGGCACGAUAUUUACUUGAUCAACAUGAAAUUCGGUAUAGUGAUAUCUCAUAUCCAUUUCAAGAAGUCUGACUUAGAACUGCUCUUUGUCCAAUCGCAAAGGAACCAACGCCAAAAGCAGCUCUUUGGUGUUGUGCUGAAGGAGAGUGAACUUUCAGGUGUUACAUUCACCUUGGAUUCGAACACUUUGAAGGACUCACUGGGUAAGAAAGCAUCAGCUCAACCAUCAUCCGUCUACAGAUCUGUUCCUUCAAUCCUCGACAUUAAACAAGAGGACAUUGACGUCGAAGCUCUGCUCAACUCGAAGGACCUUGAUUCCAGCCUCUUAACAUUCAUGGAGGCGAGAAACGACUAUUACACAGAAGACGAUAAAGUCAUUGAGUCUAAAGUGAUGAACGUGAUCGUCAAACACGUCCUGGACUCACCACAGCUUCCAGAAAGAUCAAUGACUUAUCUAUUGACACAUCCUUUGUUCCCAACUGUAAAGGACCUCUUGGCUAGAUUAAGAUCUAAACCUCGUCUGUUGAGACAAGCCAUCGUCACAGGAAAUGUCUCCGUUAAUGAACUCAUCAAUGAACUGAACACAACUGAAAACGAAGAGAUCUUCAAAGACAUCAUCACAAGACUCUUGGAGUUCCCAAAGGAAAAACUGGACUUUAAAGACUUGGACAGUUUCAAAAUCGUUGAGCGUAUUAUCCAGUUGAACUUUGGCUAUGAACUCAUCUCAUUGUUGAUUGAUGCAUCUGGUUUGUUCACUUGGAAUGAAGAGCUGAUUGAUAAACUGCAGUCAGUCUUGACGAGAAAGAUCGACGCUUUGAACUCAGCAUCAAACCUAUAUGCUGUUGUUGGUGAAAUACAGGCAAAUAACUUGAAGACAGUCACAAGAGUUCCAGUUUACUCCAUUGAAAGAUUAUCCAUAUAACAAGGUUGGGUUCAUGUCUCUAUAUAUCUCUAAACUCGUCAUCAUCAUCACUUUUUAAAGAGAUCCCGACAUCGUUUGUUCUUUGUGUAUCAAGUGUAAGUACAAUAGGGUCUUGCUUUAGCUUAGCAACACUGUUUAAAUGUUCAUCGACCAUCCUUUGAAGUCUCUUGUUACAUCUUGUAGAACAU